CUUCCUUCCUGCCGAUUGCAUCACCUCGGGACCUCUCGCCUAGCAUUUGUUUACGUUCGCGUGCGUGAAAAUAUUUACAAUUACCGCCGCCGCACCGACGAUACCGACGGCCUUUGGGGUGCGUAAAUGAUGGAAAGUCUCGUAGUUAAUGUUCCAAAAAUAGAGCCGACGAUUUAUGGGCUAACCUUGGAACCAUCGCGUCGUUCAUUUUGGCAAAAAUCUUUGCGCGAUCGCGAUCACCAGUCCAGAGAUCGCUUUAGCAAGCUGGACGACUGGAACAACAAUACGUCGAGGCGGUCCAAUAGAAGCAGGCAAUCAAAGCGUGUAAUGAACAUUUGGGCAAUAAAGUACCUCCAUUAUGAUUCCUCCCCUUAGCCCUCUCUCUCUCUCUAGGCUGCCAUUGAACGGGAACAGCGCUUUGCACUAGCCCCCGGCGCCUACUACUACUCCAUGCAACAUUGAUGUGCCAUUGAUGCUAAUGGAUUUCGCAUUGCGAAUGGCGGCUCAGUACACACACUCAUAGUAGGCGAAUGAGCCAACCGGCGUUCCAUAUUGAUCCCGAUUUCGGUGCCCGCCUGAACCGGGAAGGUGGGAUGCCUAUGCUCUUGCCCCAAUUUUCCGGCCAGCCGCCACUGGAGAUCUUCUUCUUUUAAUUAAAUCAUCAUCAGUCCUCCUUCCUCUCUCGCUCUCUCUCUCUCUCUACCUUCCAUCGCUUUGCGAGAGAGAAGCAUACCGAUCACGCGCGCAAACAUGGACCGUUGCCUUGGUUGCCGUCGCCGCCGCCGCCACCGUGAAUCUCGGUUUAGUUAUCCAAAAAAAACCGACACACCCGGUAUCCAACAGCACUCUCCUACACCGAACCGAAGGAGGGGCCGCAUGGUCUUCUCUCUGCCCCACUGGCUUGCUCUCUCUCUCUCUCUGUCUGUCUGUCUAUUUCUCUGUGUGGAGCAGAUUUUGACGUAGAUAAAACUGGCUCGCUCGCGGUCCGUAAGGGGCAACCGACGCACCUCGAAUCGGUUGUGACCGACAGUUUCAGAUUUUCGGCUGGCCAACCACCACCAUACCCGACGGACGGUGCGCUUGUGCUCUGUCUUUUCUGGUGUCGCUGGUCUGGCUUUUGUGGAGCGUUGAUCCAUCGCGAUUCGCGCUUCUUGGUGACAAACGGUUCUGUCCUGUUUGUUUGGUGAAACCUUGUGAAACAACGCGUGUGCCAUGGUGGACAGACCGAGUGGACGAACCAGUGCAGCAAAGUGAAAAAGGAAAAUUUGGAAAACCAAACCCCGUAUUGGCAGUGGUGGCGACGACGCCGUCGUCCAUGUGUGUGUGUGUGUGCAUUUUUGUGCGACAAGCAGUAGAAGAAAAUGAUGUCGACGAGGAGGUAUCAGUGACAAGUGAAGCAAUCAAGAAGGACCCCUAACCCCCUCCUCCAAAAACCCUCCCCUCUCGUGCCUCUCGAUCUACCACCAUCAAAUGCAGUGAAGAUGAUGAAGCGGAACUACGAUGUGCAGCAGGUGGCAUCCACCUUCGAUGGUGGCAAGCACCAUUCGGGCUCCUCGACGAACCUAUUCGACAAGAUCACGAAGCGCUACUCGGGCGUUAUCGGGGCCCGGUUUUUGCGUAAAAAUCCGGGCCGUAAGGGUGGCGUGGCGGAACCGUUGUCCGAUAGCUACGAUAUGUGCGGUAACCGAUCGGAUGACUUUCGACCGGAGAUCGGCGCCCCGGUGCUAAUCUCCAAGACGAUGAAGUUCGACUUUGAUACGGAUUCGUCGAUCGAACAGUUGCCUCUGCCCCGGCCACCGGUAACCGGAACCGGGACGGGCACAACGGGCAUCGGUGCACGGGGACGAUCCGUGGCAACACCGUCCACCUCGGGCGACAGCGACGUGUAUGUCGAUGCGAACAGUUCGCUGCCGAACUUUGGUGACAUUAAGUUCACCUUCCUACCGGAGCGCAACAAUAAUUGCAGCGCAUUCCGGAACGAGAAUGUCCGGCAGGAGCAGCAGUACCAGCAGCAACAGGAAUCGAAUCUGGCACGAAUGUUGGAGAAGAACCGUUCCAAAUCGGCUCACAAUCUGCAUCGUGGGUUCGGGGAUCAACGCCUGGCGUUAGUAAAGGCACCCUCCCUUAAUCUGUCCGCCCCGGUCACCACUUACUCCUCCUCCCCGGGGGCUGUCAGUGUCGGGCAGACGGUGGUACGAGUUCCUAAUGGUAGUGUGGUAGCCCGAUGUACGUCGGCUUCCGUACCGAACAGUCCGGCCGUCGAGAGUAUCUAUGACUUUCCGCGCAGUACACGAUCCGAUGGCAUCCGGAAGCCACACGGCGAGUCUCAGUAUGAUCUGACGCGAUCCCAUCACGUACUGAACGAGAUCAAUCUGUCGCUGGUGAGUGAUGAUAGUGUCGAGGGCCAUAACCUCUACCAGAACCUACCGAGUCCGGACCGGUACGAUGUGCCGAGUUCCUGCCUCGUGGCGGGCAGUGAUCUGGAGCGAAGCUUCCCGAGUGCCCGGCGUAGUAGCGUCGCAUCGGAUCAAUCGACACAGGAAGAAGAAUUCGAUAUGAAAUCGGCCAGCUUCCAGAGUUUAGCCGAUGCGAACGGUUCCGGGGGCCAGCUGGUGGUCUCGAUGGAAGAGCUGAACGAGUUGACGCGCCAGAUCAACGAAGCGAUCAGUACGUUCGGGGAUGGUGAUGGUUCCGCAUUCGCGCCGAUCACGCUACCGGACAGUGACGAGUACUGUGAGCAUCGGCAGCAGCUGCACCCAUCCGAGCGGCGGUUAACGCUGAUGAAGAACCGGGCCGUAUCCGGGAAGCACUUGCUCGAUUUCGAGCGACGGAAGGCGAAGAUUACGAAGAAGUGGAGCGGAUUCAAGAGCUGGAUCGGGGAGGAACAGGGCCGCAUACGGGAGGUGGUGAAUAAGCAUGCGGCCCUCCAGCGGGUUGGCAGUGAGCCCGUGGACCAAAGUGCCAAAGCGGUCAAGCGCCAGAACAGUGACCUGACGACGACGACGAUCAGUAGUGACCAGAGUUCCGGUCGUACCGGUACCACCGAGCACGAGCAGACGAUGGCGACGGUGGUUUCGGAAUCGAGCGGAGGAACCGAAGCCCGCCAUGAGCGUUCCAGAUCGUCCGAGGAUCGCUUCGAGGGCAGCAAGACGAUCCGCCGUAAGAGUGCCAAUGCGGAAAUUCUCGAGGGCCAAAAUGGAUUCGAGGAGGUUCGUCGCUACGUCAAGCAGGGCGGUGACUUUGGUAAGGAUCUGGUCGCCAUUCUGCACGAGAGGAGCGAGCUGGAGCAGCUGUACGCAAAAUCGCUGUCGAAGAUCGCCAACAAGUUGAACAAAGCGUGCCGCGAUCUACCGGGUACGAUCGCUGAAUCGUGGCGUGCCGUCUCAACGGAACUCGAGGGACGCAGUGAGGUGCAUCGGCAGUUCUCCAAUUCGCUGGCAGAGGAGAUCGUGAAACCACUGAAGGCGGUUAUCGAUAAUCAGCAUAAGGCACGGAAAACGAUCGAAACGAAUGUGGACAAAUCGGCGCGCAUCCUAGCCGAGUGGCGAACGGCCGAGGUGAAGGCGAAGAAGAACUCGCACGGUGCGGCCCGGGAAAACGAGAAGCUCCAGGAUGCGAUGCUGGAUGUGAAACUCCAACGAACGCCCUCGAUCGGUCUGCUGCACAAGGCGAACGAAAAGGAUGCCAAGGUAUCGGAGAAGGACAGCACCAAGCUGGAAAGCAAACGGAAAAAGGCAGAAGAAGCGGUCAAAAAGGCGGACGUCGAGUACUACACGCUCUGCAUCCGGGCGGAACGGGCCCGCGUCGACUGGGAAAUGUCGGUCCUGCGCGGUUCCUCCAUGCUCCAAACGCUCGAAAGCCAACGGUUGAAUCAAUUCAAAACCUACGUCUCGGAUUACCUGAAGCUGUCGGCCGAGAUGAGCCCGCUGUUAACGAAAACGAUCGAUCGGCUCGGACCGCAGGUGGCACUGUGCAGUGUGGCCAAGGAUCUGGACGUCCUGAAGAACAUACGCCGCGCAACGGAAGGUCCUAGCGAGCAGCUGCUUCCUGACUUUUACUGCGAGCAUACGACGCUUGCGAUGAACCGGGAACGUCGUAAGCAAUCGUUGGUUAAGCUACUGCAGCUGAUCCGCCAAGAUCUGGACCGGGAGCGACGAUCACGCAAUGGGCUGAAGGGUUUCUCCCAAACGCUGGACAAAACUGGCGAAAGCAAUCAGAACAUUGCCGACAAACUGUACCACAUAAGAUCGAUGCUCACGUAUUUGGAGGGUGCACGGUAUAAGCUGCAAUCGGCACUCCUAGAGCUGGACCAUAAACCACGCUCCAGCCAUCCUCUUGCGCAACACAUUCAGAUAACACGUGAUCGGACGGGACUGCAGACGAGCGUGUUGAAGGUACCCCUUUGGUUGAAGCACGAACAGGACGAUGAAACGGGAGCAACACCAAGCAAUGGUACCGUGGCGUGCGACGAAACGGAGACGCCAGCGAGCUGUCUGGACAUCAAGAACGAUACACUUAUCAAGCAUAUCGUACACAAGUACGCCCGAAACAAUGGUACCACCAAUGGUGAUAGUCAAGAGCAUUAUACCAUCAGCAAGGCGGGUAAAUCGGCGCUCCAUGAUGAAAACAGUCCGGCGUGGGAUCGCGGCGUGGCUGAUGGAGUGUCCAACCAGCCCGAUUCAGACUUUGAUGAAUUUUCAUCGCAAGACGAAGACGAGGAUCGCUGUUCGGUGGCACCGAAGCAACAUCACGAGCACACGAACGGUGGUGGCCAUACGACAACGGUGGUAAUCAAUGGUGGCCUAAAUGGCAACGAUCACAGCGCGGACACAAUCGCAACGACCAACGGAACAUCCGCGUCAUCGACGGCCGUCGUUCUUGGCCGCUGCCGGGCACUGUUCAACUACACACCAAAGCUUUACGACGAGCUGGAGCUACAGCCCGGCGACAUACUCGAGGUGCACAUCAAGCAGGAAGAUGGUUGGUGGCUCGGUGCGCUCCGUGGCCAGAUUGGCAUCUUUCCGGCGACCUACGUCGAGGAGAUACCGUGAUCGGUUCCACCCUGUCCGUACGAGUACGAGGGGCCAUCAAUCUCGGGGCUCAGCAAAUGUGUGUUGUUGUACAUAAAAGAAUGAACUGGUAGCCGAGGAGUAUGUCGGAUGUAAUCUCUCGAAAUUCUCGAAAAAGGCACCGGAAACUGUGCGGGAAACUGUUGCGCACAAACACAAAGAGACCAAAACGAAUACGUGUUCAGAUGUGAGAUUCAAGGACGGGUUUGUACUGGCAGCUCUUAUCGUUAUCCAAAGUGUAUAUUAUGAAGCGAAAUGUGAGGCGGUGUGUACAUAAGUGGCCAAUUGUGUAAUAUCAGACUAACUGUUACGAUGUCGUCGAUCGAAAAAUGUUUUUUUUGUGGAAAUCCUGUUAUUGUAGAAAGCGAAAGAAUAAAGAUAUUUGUGUAUUUAAACCAUGAAGAGAA